UUAAAAGCUCAGCAAGAGAAAUCUACUAUGCUUUCAAUUUAUGUAUUCCAACCAGAUACUAGGAUUGAAGAAGUUGAAGAAAACUAUUAUUCUGAUAAUCCCAUUGAUGCUUUAAUAAAAUGGGAGUUGUCUAAUUUAAAAUUUUAUAGAGAUAAUGGCUUUGAUCUUUCCGAGCACCUAUUAUGGUAUGAAGGGGAAGAAUAUCAAAAACUUGCGCAAAAUCUUAUACAAAUGCAUGAUAGUAAAAAUAAUUAUUUUGAAGAUUUACAAAAUUUAAUACAAAAAAGUUUAGGUAAGUGGGCUAAAGAAAACGCCAAUAUCCAAGAAAUAUCUGAAAUUAUCAAAGCUAUUGAAAAUGCUACCGAAAAUCUUUGUUAUGUACGGCUAGCUUCAUUUUUAGAUCCACGUUCUAAAUCAGAUGAGAUUUUACCAGUGAUUAGAGAAUAUGCGCUAAGAAAAUGCAGUGCCUAUUAUUUAAAAAAUACAUCUAAACAUUUAGACGAAUCACUACAGGCAGCGAAUAAAGAAUUGGAAUGUUAUGUUAAUCGUCCACAAUUAUUAUUAGAUAGUAAUGUGAAUCCGUAUGAGUGGUGGCAAGGUUCAAACCAAAUUCUUCCCGGAUUAGCUACUCUUGCAAGAGAAUGUUUGCCUAUAUUAGCG